AUGAUCUUGACUUCCACCUUGUUGGGCCUUUUGCCCUUUGUCGCAGCUGAUGGCCUGCACCGUCUUCCUCUCAAGAAGAUGCCGUCGACCGCUAGCAACCCUUCGAUGGAAGCUGCAUACCUUGCGGAGAAGUACGGCGGUGUGCAGGCUCAAGUUCCCCUUAUGGGGGCCGGCGGGUCUGGUCGACGCGUGCCGCAGUCCGACCUCUUCAGGACUCAAGAAGAGAUCAACGGUGGCCACAAUGUUCCCCUUAGCAACUUUAUGAACGCCCAAUAUUUCUCUGAGAUCACUCUUGGGACACCUCCCCAGACUUUCAAAGUCAUUCUCGACACUGGUUCGAGCAACUUAUGGGUUCCUAGCACGAAGUGCACUUCGAUUGCUUGCUUCUUGCACGCCAAGUAUGACUCGAGCUCUUCCUCCACCUACAAAUCCAACGGAACCGAAUUCUCGAUUCAAUAUGGAUCUGGUUCUAUGGAGGGCUUUGUCUCUCAAGAUACUCUUACUAUCGGUGACCUCAAGAUCCCUCGACAAGAUUUCGCCGAAGCGACGAAGGAGCCGGGCCUUGCUUUCGCUUUCGGCAAGUUCGAUGGGAUCCUAGGUUUAGGAUAUGACACUAUAUCUGUCAACCAUAUCACGCCACCGUUCUACAGCAUGAUCAACCACGGUCUUCUGGACGACCCUGUUUUCUCGUUCAGAAUAGGUAAAUCGGAAGGCGAUGGUGGAGAGGCCAUUUUCGGUGGUAUCGAUACGUCAGCAUUUACAGGCAAGCUCAACUAUGUCCCUGUUCGCCGCAAGGCCUACUGGGAGGUGGAACUCGAGAGCGUCGGCUUUGGUGAUGACCACCUUGAGCUCGAGAACACUGGUGCUGCCAUCGACACUGGAACCUCUUUGAUCGCCCUUCCCACCGACAUCGCGGAGAUGCUGAACACGCAAAUCGGUGCCAAGAAGUCCUGGAACGGCCAGUACACUGUUGAUUGCAGCAAAGUUCCGGACCUUCCAGACCUUACCUUCACAUUCGGUGGCCAGAAGUACCCAUUGGCAGCAUCCGACUAUAUCUUGAACGUCCAAGGAACUUGUAUUUCCGCCUUCACUGGUCUUGAUAUCAACGUCCCUGGCGGAUCUUUGUGGAUUAUUGGCGAUGUCUUCCUUCGUCGCUACUACACCGUUUACGACAAAGGUCGUGAUGCCGUUGGGUUCGCCAAUGCUGUAUAA